AUGGAUUUGGUGAAAUCAUUUGAAUUAGCUCUUAAACAAAAUGAUAUUCUAUCUAAAGUGUUACCUAUAUUGAAAUUUAUCAAUCAAACUAUCCCUUUUCCAAAAAAGCAUUGUUUAAUAAAUGAACCUAAAAUAAUUAAAUUUUUACUCUAAUUACAUUCUCAUUUACCAGAUACAAUAGAUAUGAUAUUAAUUUCAUUACUAAAUAUAUUUAAACAUUCUAAAGAAUGGAUUGAUGGUUGUUUUAAAUCAAUAGAAGAAUAUGCCUAACUUCCUAAUUAGGGAAAUGGAAAAUAUUUCGUUUUAGAAUUUUUAGAAACUGUUUUAACUGAAAUCUCAGAAUUAGAGUAAUCAAUUAAAUAUUUAAUAUUAGUUUUGACAUUGAUGAUAAAUGUUAUGCUUUUAUUAUAUUGCUUCAACAUGCAGAAGAUGAGAAAUUAGUAAGAGCUAUAAUGAAAAAAGUAGGAUAAAUCUAGUAAUAGUUAGGUAGUAAAUUAAAAUCUGCAAAUUAACUUAAUUAAUUAAUAGAAGAAAGUAAAAAAUAAAUUUGAUUAAAGAAUAGCUGUAUUAAAGUUAUAUCAAGAAGAGGUUUAAAAGAAUACAGAUGAAUAUCAUUAUUAAAAUGUUGCUAUUGAAUUAUAAGAGAAAGAAAAUAAAGCAAGAAAAGGUUCAAAACCAAAAAUGUCAUUAAUGGCUAUGAAUAUCUUAUAAACUUAAUCUUAACCUUCAAAGGUUGCUUCAAAGUAAAAGAUUAAUAAUGAUUAUUUAAAUAAUAGCAAUUCUUAAGAUUCAAUCUAAGGUAAUGAAGUAAAUUUGGAUGAUAUUUUAAUUUAAAAUAAACCUAGAAUAGAUUCUGAUUAAAGUGAAUAUUUAGCUGAUAUUGAUACAUUAUAAAAUCUAUUUGCAUAUAUUACUAAUCCAGUAGCAACAGAACCUGGAUUGAUAUUUGCAACAGAUGCUUUAGCUAAUGACAUCCAAUAAUACUGUGAAGAUUAUCAUUAUAAAUUACAUGUUAUUAAACCAGAUAAAUUAACAACAUUAAGAUCAUAUAAAGCUAUGCUAUUUUUAACUGAUUAUCAUAAUCAUUAAUUGAUUAUGCAAAUUAAUCAACAUACUAUGCAAAUUGCUUGUAAUUAAUUUAAUCUAUUUUAGUUCGAAGUAUUUCUGGAUUCUUUUAAAAUUCUUAAUCAAGUGGUAAUUUGAAUCAUAUUAUUUGCUUACUACAAUUUUACUUAAAAUUUGAAUUGAAGGAAACUAUUUAUAAUUUUCUCUACUUUUAAUUUCAUCAUCAUUUUUUAGAUUAUCUUUGUAUGAUUAAUUAUUUAUUUAAUUAGAUAAUCCUCAUUAUGUAGAUUUCCUGAUGAGAUUUUUGGAUCCAAAUUAUUCCAAAAUUCCAUAAGAAUUAAGGAAUUAUAUUUGGUAAUUCUUAAAUCGUUAAGGUUUUAUGACACUUUUAGUUAGUAAAAUAUCUAAUAAAGAGAAAGAAGGUAUCUAUCAUAAUAGAAAAGAUAUAACAAAAGAAGCAUAUUAAUUUUUAAAAAAUAUUAAUGAUUAUAAAUUACAAAUAAUACAAGAUGAUGAUUAAGCUGCUAUAACUUAUUCUAUUAGCAGUAAUAUUGAUUAAUAUUUGGGUCCUUUAAUUCCAGGCAAAACUUUAAUUUAAAAUAAAUAACUUUUAGAGAGAAAAAUGCUAUUAAGUUAACAUUUAAGAAAAGGCUCUGACUUAUUAAAUUUAUAAAGAUAAAUAAAUAAAGUUAUAAUUCAAGAAAAUAUUGAUUUAUCUGAGUUGAAUUAGUAAGGCAAAGAUAUUGAUAGAUUAUAAGAUGUGGUUCAAUUUUAUAAGGAAAUUAGUACUCCUGCUGAUACUCCUACAUUAUUAAAUACUUAUAAAUAAGUAUAAUAGGGAGUGAAACAUAUUGAAUUUGAAUAGAGAUCAUAAAGAUCCUAAGUCACAGAACCUCCUUUAAAUAUUAUCUAAUUACAAAAUUCUAUUAAACUUCCGUCUUUAAACAUUUAACCUACAACUAUUAUAACAGAUUUAACAACAUCAAAAAGAAAACAAAAAUCUAUGACAUUCUCUGAAUACAAUCUUGCUUAAAUCAUUGGUAAGAGAUCUGAUUAACCUUAAUAUAUGAGUCUAAUUGGAGUCAAUGGUAAUUAUUAUUAUUAUAAUCGAAUUUAGAUAAUAGUUAAACACUCAGAUAAAUUAAUCUUAUGUAAACACCUAUUUCUUAGGCUAAAUUAUUUCUUUAUUAUCCUAAUUAAGAUAAUAGUGUUAUUGAUACAAUAAUGAAAGAAGAAUAUUAGAAAUAUGAAACAUUUAAUGAUGAAACAACAUCAUUAAGAAAUAGUAAUCUAUUAAAAACAAUUAUUUAAUCAAUGCAAAACUUUCAAUUUCAUUAUGCCUUUGAUGAACUCAUAGAUGAUUAAUAUUUUUUGCUUGAAAAAUUAUUAAAUCAUUAUUCUCUUACUUAAACAGCCUUGUUUUAAAUUUCAUAAGAAGAUAACAGUUCUAAUAAUUGUAUGAUUAUUCUUAAUGAUUUGUUAUACAGAAUUAAUAAAAAACCUAUGAAUGAAAAAUUAACCAAAAUUUAUUUAACUUAUUUACCUAGAAUUUGUAGAAAUUUAACCAACUUGCAUAAAAUAUAAAAUGAAAAUAUUAAGAAAUUAGAAUUAUUUUCGCUUUAAAAUUAAAUUGGAAGUGUAAGAAUAUUUAGCACAAAAAUAAUUGAUUUAAUUUUAUAAAACUUUAAAUAAAGGAAUCAUAGAAUUUUUUUAAAGAUAAAUGAUACUUCUACAUUUAAUUUAAAUGAAUAAUUUCAUUAAUUACUUAAUCCUUUUUAUUAAUAAAUAUUUUAUUCUAUUAUGAAAUAGUUAUGUUUAUAUGCUUAAGAAAAAUAAGUUUAAGCUAUUUUAUUUAAAGCAAAUCUAUUAGAAGGAAUCAGUUAGGCAUUUCAUAAAAAUGUUAUAAAUAAAGUAAUAGUAAAGCAAGGUAAUGUAGAAAUAUUCUUAAUUCAUCUUGCUUUACUUAGUUAAUUAAUUAUUUUAGUUUAUGAAUUAAGAGAGGAUUUAUAAACUUAUAGAACUUCUUUAUAAAGAUUGCAAUGUUUUUAAAAUUUAAAAGAAGUAUUAGAAAUGUUUAAAAACAAUAAAUUAAUUCAAUAAUAAGCCUUAGAUAUCUAAAAAUAACUUUAAAAGAAAAAAUGA